UCUGUAUCUAUGGCUGAAGGAAACUGGACAAGAGUUGGGGAGUUUAUCCUCAUGAGCUUCUCUUUUCUACCUAGUGAAAUACAGUCACUACUCUUCCUGACAUUUCUAAUCAUCUACCUGGUCACACUGAUGGGAAACAGCCUCAUCAUUCUCGUUACCUUGGCUGACCCCAUGCUGCACAGCCCCAUGUACUUCUUCCUCAGGAACUUGUCCUUCUUAGAGAUUGGCUUGAACCUAGUCAUCGUUCCCAAGAUGCUGGCGACCCUGCUUGCCCGGGACACAACCAUCUCCUUCCUUGGCUGUGCCAUACAGAUGUAUUUCUCCUUCUUGUUUGGAGUUGCAGAAUGCAUCCUCCUGGCCACCAUGGCAUAUGACCGCUAUAUAGCCAUCUGCAAUCCCUUGCAUUACCCAGUCAUCAUGAACCAGGGGACACGUGCCAAACUGGCUCUUGCCUCCUGGGCUCCAGGCUUUCCCAUAGCUACUGUACAGACCACGUGGCUCUUCAGCUUUCCAUUCUGUGGUACCAACAAGGUGAACCACUUCUUCUGUGACAGCCCCCCUGUGCUAAGGCUGGUCUGUGCAGACACAGCACUGUUUGAGAUCUAUGCGAUUGUUGGGACAGUUAGAGAAGACAUAUGCUAUACUGACAAGAAUAUGACAUUUUGGGUUCAGGUUGACCUGGUUCCACACACAGGCCUUGACACUUAUUGGUUGUUCCUUUGUGCUAAUCUCUACAUCCUGCAAUACCUGUGA